AUGAUCAUUAGUCUGAAUCGUGCAUUUUGUGUGCUUUCAGGAAGGGUAUCUCUGCUUCUGCUUUGCCUUACAAGAUGGCACAAGAUUUCUUCUCAGGAUGUUGAUGAAAACAUCUGCAAGUUCGCGAAGAAAGGUUUGACACCGUCACAUAUCAGUGUUAUCCUUUGUGACUCAUGGAAUUGCUCAGGUCAAGAACGUCACUGGAAGCAAGAUCUUGCGUAUCCUCAAGGCUCACGGUAA